AGACGGACAUGGACGAUACGGACUUCUCGCUCAAGUUUGGCAACAAAAACAAGCACAAGAAAGACAAAGCGGAUGCUACGCAAAUCGCCAAGACGCCCACAUCGGAGGCGGAUCUCAAACGGAUUAUUAUUUCCAGACCAACCACCGAUGAUACUUACGAGAAUUGUACACGCGCCGGCGUAGCCCUGGUCCUUAAUCACAAGGAUGUCAAGGGUCAGAAACAGCGCGUGGGCACCGAACGGGAUCGCGAUGAUAUAGAACGGUCCCUGCUUGGAUUUGGGUUCGAUGUUCGGCCCUACAACGAUCUGACCUUUGCCGAAAUCACCGACAUGCUCAAAGAGGUGGCUCGCGAGGAUCACAGCGAAAACGAUUGCUUUGUGCUGGUUGUCAUGUCGCAUGGCUCAGAGGGCAAGGUCUAUGCUAAGGACAUGUCCUAUCCCGUUGAGCGCCUGUGGAAUCCCUUCCUGGGCGACAGCUGCAAAACGCUCGUGAACAAACCGAAACUUUUCUUUAUACAAGCCUGUCGUGGCGAGAACUUGGAAAAGGCUGUGGAGUUCACAUCCUUCUCGGUCAUGACAAGGGAUCUUGCAGCGCCAGCAGCGACUCCAGCAGUACAGCCCGUGACCUAUGCCAUACCCAGCACAGCUGAUAUGCUCGUCUUCUACUCAACUUUCGAGAAGUACUUCUCGUUUCGCAAUGUGGACGACGGAUCCUGGUUCAUACAGAGCCUCUGUCGGGUGCUCGAUAGCGCGGCUGCCAAUGAGGCCAGUCAGCCGGAGGGCGUGGAUCUGUUGCGUCUGCUGACCGCUGUCAAUCGCAAGGUGGCCUACGAGUAUCAGUCGAAUACGAAGAACGAGGCGCUCAACCAAAUGAAGGAAAUGCCCAACUUUAUGUCCACAUUGACCAAAAGUUUUCAGUUGCGCGUUAAGCCAAGGUUCUAGGGGCAAACAGCUGAGUCAGCCGAGCAGACAAUACAUAAACGAGUUGUGUGUUAGUGUAUCAAAUAUUUUGUAUCUGUAUCU